UUGUAAGAUUUCGUUUUUUCGGUCGUUUUGUUUUUUGACGUUUUAUAGAUUUUAUCAUAUUUUUGUCGUACGUAUUUAAUUACAGUGAUUAAAAGAUCUAAGACCGUGGUGAUAGUAGUUAUGGACUCCUCAUUACGUAUGAAUCAUGGUAUUACCAACGUCACGGUUUUACUUUAGUAUGCAUGUUGUGCGAUGUGCAUAGUGGUCUGUUGUUUCUGUUUAGAAAACCAAAGAUACACCGCUAGCCGCCUGGUCUUACGCUCCCAACGUCUUUCGUUCCGUAUAUACCUUUCGCUUUACAGUUUCAAAUUGGCAAUAACUAAUUACCAACUAUCUACCCUAUUAUUUUGUAACUAAAAAUGCUUUGCUCACUGUUAUUCUGUAAUUGUUAAAUAUUGUAUAAAUAGGUAGUAGGUAGUUAAUUAAUAUAAAUUUAAACAACUGUGUAUCCUGUAGGUUUAUAUAUAAUAUUCGUGUUGUAGUAAUAUUAGUAACAUGUUCGUUAAAUAAUCGACUGUAAUGUUUAAGACUGGUACUACUAUUAAAACAAUAACCUAAUACAUAUAUGUAUACUAUGUUGGAAGAUAUCACAAACAUCAUGAAAAGACCUUAUUGUGAUCCUCCGUUGGCUGAGUUACUCAAUGUAACUAAUGGUAAAAAGUUUACCAUCAAUAAGACAAACGUAAGUGCUUUAAAUUUUUAUAGUUAUAUUCAUGUUAAUAACAUUUUAUUUAUUUUGAUAGUUUGUCAUUGGGCGUGCCAAAACUUGUUCUCUUGUAAUACAUGAAGUCUAUAUAUCUCGUCAACACUGCGUCAUUACUUACGAAAAUGGUAUUUUUAAGAUAUAUGAUGAUGUAAGUAAACUAAAUAGUAAAUACCUGGUCUUAUUUUUAUGGUCCUAAUAAUGUUGACUAAUUUGGCUAGGACCCUAGACUUAUUUAUUUUUUGAGAUUUAUAUCUAGUUUAUAAUAAGUACAAUAUGUAUACAAUGUUAAAAAAAAAAACUACCAAACACAAUAUUGAAAAGAAAGGAUCUGCAUUGAGAAUAAAUAAACAGUGGUUCAUUAAAACCAUAAUCAGUUGAGGUAGUAGAGAAUGAAUAGGAAACUUAAUAUUGGUAAGAAUGAGGAGUGGCUUUAAAGGAAAUUUUCUAGAGUAAGUAAAACAAAUUUGUUAGUGUAAUAGUUGAACCAAAAAACUAAAAUUACUUUUAUGCCUAUAAUUGAUCAAUAUAUCUAGCCUAAGGAACUGAAAGAAAGCUGCAUAAAUAUGCGGUCUACACUCAUUCUUUAUAAUAUAAUUAACAUUGUAAUUAAACUUGCGCUGAACAUUUAAGCAUAAUAGAGUUUCCUUUUACAAGAGGGUCUUGAAUAACAAAACCAUGGUCUAAAAUUGACCCAAAGAACUAACAAUAAAAGACCUUGUAAUUGAUUAUAAAUCAAUUGUUAAGAUAUAUACUAUACUACAACUAGAAAGAACUAAUAUUAAACCAUCUAAAAAAUUAGAAAAAUAAUAUCAAACAUUUUCUUAAUAAAAUUGAUAAGUAAUAUAAUGAUUUUGUAUGAUCUUUUGGACUGCAAUAUAUAUUUGAAACAAUUAAAUACAGUGGUGCUGAGCUCAUAUAUUAGGUAUGACUGUUGCCAAAUUUUUUUAAAGGACUUUAUAGUGUGAAAUCUUGGACUUGGAUAGGAUGAUUUAAGACAGAAGUACUUACAAAGAUACUACAAGAUGACAUUCACAAAAAUGAUGAAGUUGAUAGAAUAGAAAGUGAUGAUGAUGGAGAAUAUUUAGAAUAUCUGUUGCCAGGUCUAGACAAAUCAAAAAAUUAUUUUCGUUGUGUAUCAGGUGUAGGCAUCAUAAAGUUUACAUUAAUUAUUUUUUUAAUAACUCUAAAUAAGUAAAUAAGAAUUUUAUGUGGAUAUCACUGGUAGAGGUACCAUAGAAGUAUUGUGAUCCCUUCAUUCAGGGAAUGUUUAACACAUUUAUGGACAUUACUGCUAUAGCAGUAGUAUAUGAAAUGUCAUAUUAUGUUAAUACUGCAGAAGCAGUAAUCUUUUCAAUGGCAUCAAAUCUUAGAUGACAAUGGAUUGCCACAUUACGGCAGUCUACACUGACAAAUUACAUAGAUUUUGGAUACAGGCAUAGCACUACUAAUAAAUUAGUAAAAAAAUUAUAUUACAAGUGUCCGUCAAUGUGUUAAAGUUCAUCAUUUAUAAAAAAAAGAAAAAAUAAUUUGGGAGGGUGAGGGAAACACAUCUUAGAUUUUUCAGUAUACAUUGAUGAAGAUUUAGGUUGCUAUUUCAACUAUUUUAUAUUUUGAUGUUACUACUUAGGUAUGACAUAAAUAAUUUUAUUAAUUAUCUAAUCUAUAACCCAAGACAAUAAAUUCAAAAUUUGAUCAUUUAGGUACACUAGAAAAUAUAAAUGGCCAAUGCCAUAAAUUACAAUAAAAUUGUUUUAAGGGUUUUGGGCAAUAGUUAUUGAACUUUUGUUUGCCAAUUUGAUUAGUUAUCAUUAUUGAUUAAUACAAUUGGAAAAACUUUAAAUAUUUAAUUAACUAUUCCAUUUCACUUUUAUCUAUUAUUUUAAUUUUUUAAUCCUUGAGAUGAAUCAUAUUCAUAUUAUAUAAUAUUUUAUACUCCUGUACUAAAUACUACAAUGUCUUAAUUUGUGUGAAAUAUAAUAAAUCAUUUUUAGAAAAUAUUUUCACACAUACUUAUAAUUUUGUUUUCGUAAACUGUUAUAGGUAUAUUUGUUCAUUUGUUUGUAGAUUACCUAAAUAAUUAUUAUUUGUACUUUUAGAAUUCAACUACAGCUACAUAUAUAAAUUGUAUUGAAAUACCACGAGGAAAAAGUAAUGCUCAACAGUUGAAUGAUGGAGAUAUUAUCGGUUUUGGUGAACUAGGCAAUAUGACUUAUAUACACAAAUUUGUCUUGUGUACCCGGACAUAUAAGUAAGUAAAUUUAAUUUAUUAGAUAGAAAGAAUUAAUAUCAAAAGUAACAUUAAACAAAGAAAAAGGUGAUCUUCAUAUUUCACAAACUUCUUUUCUUUUUCUUCUUUUAAUGUUUUAAGUUCUCUUUUGUCUUCCAACUUUUCAACUCCAAACUCAUACUCCUUAUACUCUAUUCUACUUCUACUUUACCUUAGUCCCUUCAAGUGAUAUUCUCCAUUUCUCAAGCCUAUUGUAAACUUCUUCUGGAUUUUCUCCUAUUAAAAUUAUCAUCUGAAAACAUCAAUCACCAUGUUACAUUGUUUUAUAUUUACUUUAUAACUUUAUUUGUUACUACAGAAAAUAGGCAAGGGCUCGUGACCAACCCCUGAUGUGUACCUACUCCAACCCCAAAAUCUUUCAUUGUUCCACACGCACUUCUUACACUCUUAUUUGGACUUUCAUUCAUAUCCUUUAUCAAACUAAUAUACAAUCACACCAUUAUCAUAAGUAAGGUUCGAUACUUAUAGCAGUGUUUGUACUAAAUAAAUUCAUUUCUCACUGUCAUAAUAUAAAAUGUUCAAUUUUUUGUAUAUUUCAUGAACUAUGCAGUAAUGGUUUUUUUUCAUAAUACUUCGAGAAAUUUCAACCGAUCAGUGAAAUUAAGUGAAUUACCCAAUUGCCAAAAAAAUAUAUAGUAAUACAAUUAUGUUUUUGUUAUUAACAACUCGUAGCUUUGUGUAGGUAUGUAUCGCUAAAUCCCAACAACAUAACUACACUGCUUUGGUGUUCCCGCUGACCUUAGAUAUAUUUAUAAUUUUAUAAAAUUAUAACAAGUUAUAUGAAACUAUUUGUGUGUUCCUCAUUAUACAAUUUUUCUCAUCUAGUUUUUAAUCCGAUAUGAUACCAAAUUAAUUAAUUUUUGUCUUGAUACUAAACCUUAUCAAUCCAUCGCCUUGCAACUCUGUCAUGUUAGUUGUUUGUUCAUAAGAUGCAUCAAGAGGCAAUGAAAUGUAUACAAUUUUCAAAAAACAUUGAAAUGCAUCUAAUUUCUAAUAUGAUUGAUCAUCAAGUAUAAUGAAACACACAGUUUAUGUAUUCCUACUUCACUGUAAACAUAGUUCAGACAGCUUGCAGCUUGUAUUUAUUUAUUCAACUUGAAUAAUAAUAAAUUAAUAUUUUAAAUACUUAUUCUAUGGUUUUUAAGUGCAUAAUAUUUAAAAAAGCAAAAAUAAUUGAGAGGUUUAAUAGUCCCCCUUCUAACAAAUUUAACUUGUAAAUAAAAUUAUCCAAUACUAAUAAAAUGAUUAGUAAAAAGUAGUGUUGUUAACAACCCUGAUUUUUAAGGUCUAACCAAACUUUUCUUAAAAAUUCAAAAAUCCGAACAAAACUUCCACAUUUGUAUUAGAAUUCGAACAUUAAAAUAAAGAAUAAUAGGUAAUAUAUGAGGGCAGGCUAUUAAUUAAUACAUCUUAAUACAACUUUAAAACUAUUAUACAUAAAAUAAUGAAUUAAAAACAAGUGUAUGAUCAUAAAAUUAUCUUUAUUUACAUACUUUUAUUUUUCAACAUAACUAUCUUCUAUAGCGAUACAUUUUUUCUAACAAUUUAAUAAUUUAAAAAUACCGUCCAAAUAAAACAUUGAAACCUAGUUUAAUUUCAGCUUUAACUUUCUCAUCAGAAUUGAAAUUUUUAUCUUCGAGAUGUUUUUUAAGCUUGGGAAAUAAAUAAAAUUGAAUGGUGCCAAAUCUGGGUUGUAAUGUGAAUGUGGAAUGACAAAAAUCCCAGUAAUUUAGUUGCUAUUUAAACCUCAAAUCUGAAGGGACCCUCAUUAUAAAUUACGUAAUUAAUAAAAUUAUACAAUCGUGUUUUCGCACACACUAAACCAACAACAUGAACUAUUAAAUGAACAUUUUAUCGUAAAUCUAAAAUAACUAUCAGAUACUAUCUACAUUACUUAUCAGCCCACCCUCCUAUGAGACCCAUUAAUGCAAAACAAAAUUUUGUAACAAGACCGCCCUAUCCCACCACAGAACAUCAUAUUGGUAACUGCACUGAAUCGGCAUCAAAUAAUUUUUGAACCAAACUUUGGAUAUUCAGUUCAAUUAUUUGCAAUAUUCAAACUUUUAUUACAGGUAAUUUUUUUUUAUAUAAUAAUAUGUACAAUUUUAUUUAAAAGAAAUUAUUUUAUGAUAGUUAUAUUUGUAGAGUUAGGAUAUAUAAUUUAAUAAGUUAAAGCCAUUAGAGAAGGGGACUACUUUUUAAACCAUUAUUAUUAUUGUUUUUUUUUUUAAAAAAAAAAAAUUUCAGCGCUAUUUUGAUAUUUUUAAGUUCCUUUUUGUGGAUUAUAAGAAAAUAUAAAUCUGGUCUCUAAUCAUAAGCCUUUUCUAAAUCUAUAAAAGCCAUACAUCAAUUAUUCUUCUCUAUAUUUUUCUACAAACUGUGUCUUACAAAACACUGGUUCCAUAGUCAAAUUUUUCUGGCAUAAAACCAAACUGGUUCUUAGAUGUUGAUGUCUCACUUCUAAUUUUCUUUUCUAUAAUUUCCACACUCUUGUGUUCCCUUCCCUUUAAAAGUAGGUAUUACCAAACUUCCUGCACUCAUCUCUCAUUUUCUCUUCUAAUAUCCUUUUAAAAAAAUCUUAACCAGCCUCCUAACAUUUUUCACACUUUCACUGAUAUGCCAUCUGGACCUACCACAUUUUUAUUUUUCAUUACUCACAGACCACCACACUUUCUCAUCUUUAACUAAACCUUCCUGACUUUUGUUCCUUGAAACUUCCAACACUUCUCCAAAUACUUCUUCCAGGUCUCUUUUAUACACCACGCAUUAAGGAAAUCCCUAGAAUUAUUCUAUAACCUUGACCAAUCAAUAAACUUUUUCACCUUUGUUCCUUGUUAUCAUAAAACUCAUCAUAUUUCUUUCCCCUUACUUUGCUUAGUACCGUCUUAGUUUACACAGUCUUUUGUACUCUACCCAAUCAUCUAUCUUACUUACUGUUCUGUUGAAAUAGAACAAAUAACCAUAGCCGAUUUGACCAUUUCACUGUGAGUUAUUUGGCCAUAAGGACAUUCAUACAUAUCUUAAUAAUGCUACAGUUUUACAUCAGUAAAAACUAUCUCUAUAACAAAGAUAAUCAAACCAUAGAAUUUUGAAAUACAUAGGUUACAAUUUCAUUGAUACAUUAUGUAAUUAUUGAAUUAUUACAAUAUUCCUAGCCAACCUGAUUCAUUUCUUAAUGACUAACUUUAACAGAUGUAACAUAAUUUGUCAUAUUAUUUAGUUGUAGCUAUUAUAUUCAACCUUAAAAAAAUUAAACUGAAAUUACAACAUUUAAUAAUAGAGUUUUUUUACUGAUUCAUUAACUAUUUUAAUUUUAGUUCAAAAAUAUGCAAAAUGGAUGAAAAUAUUUCUGGAAUAAGGAUGACAGACUUAUACAAAAUUAAUUCUGAAGUGAAAAAUGUAAGUUUAUUUAAGAUAGUUAAAUUGAAUAGUAUAUAAGAAACAAUUGUUAUUAUUAAUUUUCAUUUGAUAUACUUUCAAUUCAUUAAUUUAAAAGCACUUAAGGACAUGAAACAUAGUAACAUAAUCAAUAUAUCUGGUAUUAUAAAAGAAUAUAUUGCCUAUUUUAAACUACAUAAUAAAAACAUACUUUUAAUGAUAUUAGAGAGUAUAAAUCCAACCUCUAAUUAUAAUAAUUUUUAAUAAAUUGAAGAUUGAUUUACACUUUAAUAAUGAUUUAAAUUAUUAAUUAUUAUUAGUUAUUAUUUAUUGAUCUUCAAUAUUAGUAUACUCUAAUGCUCAAAAACAUGAAGUAUUUAUCUUUACUUUAUAAUGUAUUUUAUGCAUGCUUAUUUUAAUUUCCUUAUGAACUUUUUAGAUGUGUUUAUUAGGAGACCCCCUUAAUCAAUUUUAAUUUCUAAUGGUAUUCGCUCAUACCAUUUGUUUAAAAAGAGGUAACCAACCUUUUUUUUUAUAGAAAGCUAUAAAAAAAUAAUAAUUCUUGGUGGACCAAGAAUUUAAACUUUUACUUUUAAUUAUUUUAAUGUAGGUACACCUUAAUAUAGGUACAGUGAUAUAUUUAAUUAUUUAUUAUGCAUUGAUUGUUAUAAAUAAGAAAAAAAAAAAUGUAAAUUAUAAACAUCUUUUUUUUAAUUUUUGAAAUUUGAUGUUAUUUUAUUUUUUAAAUUUUGAUUUAAUACUUUGGUGGUCCGAUUAAUAAAUGAUCACUGGCCGUAAUUGGUCACUGCUGGUUUAAACUAAGGCAAACAUAAUAUAGGCCAGCAAUUCCCAAACUGUAAACACCGUAAGCACUUUCCAAGGUAAUCGUGACUCUUAAAAAUUAUUUUUUAAUUGUAAUUAUUUGAAAAUUUGUUAUUUUAAUUUGAAUCUUAUGAGAAAAAAAAAUUUCCUCUCGGCCCUAUGCUUAGAAUACUUAUAUUGUACUAUAUUCAGUAAAAUUAUAAAAACUAAUUAAAAAUAAGAAUUAUUGUUGAUUUUUUAUUUAUUUUUUCCUUGUGGUUACUGUGGCUGAAUUCAGUCCAAACCAAAAAGCUCCGCCCAGAGAAAAGAGUUUAGGAACUGCUGGUAUAAGCUAAUAAAUACUCUGCUUCUAACAAUAUUUUUUUUUUAUUAUAAAUUAUAGGUAAUAUUUAAUCAGUUUUAUAAAUAAAUAAUAAGUUAUUUUGAUAUAAACAAUUAAGGAUUGUAAAUACUAGCUAAAUCACUAAAAAGUAUUUUUUUUUGUGAUAAAAUUUAGUUUAGUUAACCCAUGUACAAAACCUAAUAAAUUAUGAACACUAAAUUUAUUUGUGUAGUUAAAAUCUCUACUUUGUAUGAUUCAAGUAGCUGUAUUUUUUUGUUUAAAACACAUACAUGUUAUACAAAUACAAUAUUUAUUAUUAAUUUAUAACUAAUCAACAUUCUUAAAAAUUUGAAAUAUAGAUGAAAAUUGAAUACUUGCAGUUACGCCAUUCAUUGAACACUAUGUUCAAUGUUACAUUGAACACUAUGUUUAAUAAUUUUCAAAAAGUGAUUAAUGAAAAUCUUGAAGCUAUCAAAAAAAAAAACACACUAGUAAUUAAAAUUAAUAAUAUUAUCUAUUAAUUAUUGUUGUUAAAUAAACUAUUUUUUUUCUUUUUAGCUCAAAGCAUCCACUGAAGAAAUUAGAAGAAAAUCCAUUGCAGAUACUAUUGUAGAACGCAAUAAUUUAGUUUACAAAGUCCUUGAAAAUGAUUUUCUUUGUUCUAUCUGUAAUGAAAUAAUGAUCAAGGUAUGAGUUAUUUAUUUUGAAAUUGAAUUUUCAUUAUUACAUUUUAAAUUUUCAUUUUUUUUAGACCACAACUGUUAAUUGUUCUCACUCUUUUUGUGAACAUUGUAUAAAAACAUGGUUAAUCAAAAGCCACGUUUGUCCAAAUUGUCGUACGCCUAUCAGUAAUACAUUUCACACUCUUAUUGUAGACUCCUUUAUUACAAACUUUUGCGACUUAGUUGGUGGUUUUCUAAAGGACCAACGAAAUAAUCUCCUAAAAGAAAGUAAGUGCUAUUUAACAGUUUCUAUCCAAAUUUUUUUGUAUCAAAAAAAUCUAUUUUAAUUUUAUAAGUUUUAUUCAAACGUAUACCAGCAUAAUAUUGAUUGUUUAUAAUAUAAAAUGAUUUAUGCAAUACAUCAGUGUUAUGAUCCUUAUUUGUUUCGUUUGAAGAGGUGAUCCAAAUGUAAAAAUCAUUGUGCAAUUAAAUAUGAAAUUUCAAAUAAAGUAUGACAAUUGUAUGAUAAUAUAAUAGGUAUUCAAUUGCUUGGUAACUAAAAAAACUGAGAGAUUAAAAUAUUACCAAAAAUUAUUAUCAUUUUUUAUGUCUAAUAACAACAAAAUUUAAAAACCAUUUUAGUGUAUUUAUUAUUACUUUCUAAUACAUUUAUAUGAUCCAUAAGGAGAAGAGGUUCUAAUCCAGAGUCCUAGGUGUUUAAUACAUAUUGUGCUUUGACUUAUUUAUUUUUUAUAUAUAUAUAUGAUUAGGGUCUGCUGUUUCUUUUGCUCCUCGUGUUCUUCCACCUCAAACUGCCAGAAGAGGAAGACCUAGGAUUAGAAAUUUUCAACCAAGACAACCAAUCGAUAAUCAACGUUUUCAUCUACUAAACUAUCGUAUGUUGGAGUAUCAACGUGAUUCUGUUAAUAUGUAUCCUCGAACAGCAUUACCUGAAAUAAUACAUGAUAGACAUGUAGAAGUUGUGGAUUUGACCAACCAAACAUAACACAUUUUUAUAUUUAAUUAAGACAAUGUUGUGAUGUUUUUUUUUUUGUAUAUUACACACACAAGGAUUAAUGGAACAUUAUUUUUAUGCUUACAAUGUAUUACAUAUAAAACAAAUUACAAUCUUGUAUUGAAUGUUCUAAAUAAUGUAAUAAAAAUUAGUAAAUUUAAGUUAAAAUUAUAUAAUUUAUGAAAUAAUGUUGUUUUAAUAAUGAUUUAUGUAAAUAAAUACUCUUGUUGAAUUUUAUGGUUUGAUUUUGAAAUAAUAUACCAUGUAUAGUAGUUAAAUAUAAUGCAAUAAGUGUUAAUGAUUUAUUUUAUUUUACAUUAUCUGCUUUAAGUAUUUUUUUUAAUAUUUUUUC